CUCAUUCAUCACCAUGGCGCCGAACCUCACAGAAGACGAAAUUGAUGACGUGGUAUAUUUCGCCAGGGUAGGCGAAGAUGCAGAUCUCGUCGAGACCCUGACGGCCCUGUCAGAGCGCGAGAAGGUGUCACCAGCUGAGAUCCUGUUGGCCGCCAAGGAUGAGGGCAAGUCAACAGCUUUACACAUGGCGGCGGGAAAUGGCCAUCUAGAGACUGUUCGCAAACUCAUUCAGUAUUUUGAUGAGAGACCCAAGGAGGAGAAGCAGGCUUUCUUGGAUGAUGCCAAUGAGCACGGAAACACUGGUCUGCAUUGGGCAGCACUCGGUGGCCACCUGGACACGGUCAAGCUUCUCGUGGAACAGGGCGCUCUGCCGGCGGUGGCCAACGAGCGAAACUACGUCCCCCUCGACCUUGCCUACCAGAACGAGCACAACGAGGUAGCGCAAUUCUUCUUGGCCGCUGCGGGAAUGCUGGAGGACAAGAACCAGGAGAGCGGGCUGAACGGCGCUGUUGAAUCGGUGAAGCUGGAGGAUGGAGAGGGCGCAGAGGAGGAGAACGAGGCUUCAGCAUCAUGAGGUUUGGGUAGAUGCGAGGAAAAAUUUCAUUGGCAAUAGGGUACAAUCGAGGGACUAGGCCGAUAUGAAUGGGCCUGUCGCGACAACGGCAAAAAAAGAUACCAUACAUGUGUGUUCUUGGGGUGGCAAAGUACAUCAUCUCGCUUCGGAUAGAUUUCAAAGAGAACUUGACUUUUU